UGGUUUUGUGCAGGUUUGACGAGGCAGUGGCGCAAAAGAAAUCGACUGUGGCUCCGUAAUUGCAUAUUCAGAUUGGCGAAGAAAAGCAAUGACGGGUCACAUCUCAGCUCUCCUGUUACAAUAAAGAAGAACACACGAGAAUGUAACUGGAAAGCGAUUGGGUACGAAAGCGUAGGCCACGCGAACGAACUUCCAACAGCGUUUCUCGGAAUGUCAACGGAAGAGCCAUGAUAAACAGAGCCUCUACAGGUAACAACAUCAGGUCUCGCACAAGAAACAAAAGCAAAGGCGUGAUGCAACAGCAACAGACGCGGACGGGUAUCUCGCAGCAUGAAAUCCAAUUUGGAAAAAUCUAGUUUCGCUAAGCAAAGGAUCUGCGUAAUCUUUGGCACCCCAAACAAGGAAAGCAUUGAUCAGCCGAUGACAUAAUCUCGCAACAUCGAGGCCAAGAACCACAGUGGAAACAAAAAAAAUCUCUCGGGCGAGAGAAGAGAUACCUAUGGCUGCGCAUAGGUGAACGCUCAAUAGCAUGCUGAUGCAAUCUACAGGUCUAUAAGCGCAAAAAAAAAAAAAAAAAAGAAGAGGAAAACCACGCACUCAGUGCCGUGCUUUUCAACAUAAAUACUCUCCCAGUGCCUCCGCUGUAUCACCAAAACGACCACCUUUGGCGCUUCGAGAGAGAUUGCCACAGCGCUCGCAUCUCUCCUGUGUCAAAGCUGAAAGAAGAAUCUUUGUGCGGCGAGAAGAAGUGGCCAAGGUUUUUUAGCGUGUGUACGUAGAGCUUGAUUUCCUGGUUUCGUGCGUAAGAUGGCGCCGUGAAGCUCUCUCUUCUCUUCGCUGGAUUGAUCGAUCAAAUUCUCAGUGAUCUUUCUUUCUCUCAUUCUCUCUCGAGAGGAGACGAUCGUCCAAGAGAAAGGAGGAGAAGAUCGAAGAUCAUGGCAUGGGCAGCACCUUACAAGGUGGUGCUUGGGAGCUUCGCGUUCCUCAUCUUUUGGACGCUGGCCACCUUCCCGGCGGUCCGAUGCCUCCCCGUCGGACGGACCGCAGGAGCUCUCCUGGGAGGAACGCUCAUGGUCGUCUUCCAGGUCCUCUCUCCAAACCAGGCCUUCGCGGCGGUGGAUCUUCCCAUCCUCGGCCUCCUCUUUGGCACCAUGGUCAUCAGCGUCUACCUCGAGCGCGCCGAUCUCUUCAAGUACCUCAAAAUGGUGCUCUCAUGGCGCUGCCGCGGCGCCAAGGACCUGCUCGUCCGCGUGAGCGUCUUCUCGGCGCUGGCCAGCGCGCUCUUCACGAAUGAUACCAUCUGCGUGAUCUUCACCGAGUUCGUGCUCAAUCUGUGCAAGCAGCACAAUCUCCCACCGGAGCCAUUCCUCCUGGCGCUCGCCUCCAGCGCCAACAUUGGCUCCGCCACCACGCCCAUCGGCAACCCCCAGAACCUCGUCAUCGCGAUCGAGAGCAAGAUCCAGUUCGGCAAGUUCCUCAUCGGCGUCCUCCCCGCCAUGAUCGCCGGGAUCGUCUUCAACAUCCUCUUCCUCCUCGCCAUGUACUGGCGGCAGCUCUCGCAAGGCCUGGCCGCCGCCGAUGCUCCGCCACCCCUCCCCGCCCCCGCCGAUGCCACCAGCGAUCCAUCCUCCGCCAUGGAGCUGGGCGCGAUCAAAUCCAUCCAAGUCAUCUCCCCACACAAUCACCACAGCCCGCGACGGUCGCCGCUCUCCUACGAGCGCCUCCACAGCGGGCCACUGAGCGCCGCCGCCGUGGGGGAAUAUCCCACCGCCGCCGCGGCGCCGCCAUCGCCCAUCGCGGAGGAGGACGACAAGCCCACGCCGCUCUACUCCUCCCGCGUCUACUCGCCCGUACACCCCAUCGCCGAGAAGCAGCACCAGCUCUACUCUCCGCGGGUCCACUCCCCCGGGAUGUCGCCCGCGGGGAUGUAUUCCCCCGCGUCGGGAUAUUCUCCCGCGCAGGCCACAGCGGCGAGGUUCUACUCCGGGCGGGACGGCCAAGCCCACCACGCCCACCACCACGCUGCGGCGCCGCACAGGGAGAUAAACGAGCAGCACCACCACAGGGCGCAGCUGCGGGAGCACCUCACCACGCCCAAGGGCGGUAAAGAUGUCACCGCGGACUACCCCGAGAAGCUGCAAGAGGCUACCGGGAAGGAGGAAUAUGCGCCGUGGUACCGGUGGGGUCCCAAGCUCCGGCGCAAGGCCUGGAUGGCCGCGGUGUACGGCGUCACCGCAGGGUUCCUGGCGGCGCUCCUCUCGGGGCUCAAUCUCACAUGGAGCGCGCUCACCGCCGCCGUGGCGCUCAUGGUGCUGGAUUUCUCCGACGCUGGCCCCAGCUUGGACAGGGUCUCUUAUUCGCUGCUCGUCUUCUUUUCCGGGAUGUUCAUCACCGUGGAUGGAUUUAACAGCACUGGCGCUCCAGGCCAGUUCUGGAACGCUGUUGAGCCCCACACUCGAAUCGAUUCUGCAAAGGGGGUGGCCAUCUUAUCCCUCGUGAUUCUCAUUCUCUCCAACGUCGCAUCCAACGUUCCAACUGUGCUGCUUUUGGGAACACGGGUGGCGGCAUCGGCCGCGGCGAUUCACGGGGCCAGCGUUACAAGAUCGUGGCUUUACCUGGCAUGGGUGAGCACAGUCGCUGGCAACUUCACUCUCAUCGGCUCCGCUGCGAAUCUCAUCGUCUGCGAGCAAGCCCGGCAAGCAAAGCCCAACAGCUACAACCUCACCUUCUGGGCUCAUCUCAAGUUCGGGAUUCCUUCGACGUUGAUCGUGACGGCUCUCGGGCUUCCGCUCAUUCAAGGCUGAAACUUUGCGGGCUGGUCACUUUCGUUGAUCCCUUCGCUGGAAGCUUUCGGGUGUAUAGUAUGACGCAUAUGGAUGGAUACGUAGCAAGCAGCAGACAGCGCCAAGCAAGGAACGCAAGAAAAAAAAGAAAGAAAAAAAUGGAAGUUUUUCAGUCCCUUGCUUUUUAAGUAGCUCCUCUCGAGGCCUCUGAAGUGCAGGCUUUCGUUGGGCUUUUUCUGUACAAUAAAAAGAUUUCUAAGUUGUGAACAAA